UUGUAUUUCUUUUUAACCAUGUGGUCAUUGGUAAAGUCAUGAAUGGUUUUACAACGUUUAGAUGGGACCCGGUUUACUUCACCGAGGAUGCCACCGGGUUUCAAGUUUGCGUUUAAUACUUCCCAACUUUAUCGGGUUUAGAGCGCGAAACCAGAUUUAACUUCUAGAGACAGAUAAGCCGUACUCAUCAAAACGCUUUACGCAUGCAGAUGGUCUAAAAGUGGAGAUACAGAAAACCUGUGAUUUUGGCAAACUCUAAAGGACGAAAUUAUUUUGAAUAUUGAAGAUCAUUCUGUGGACAUCAGGGGAUUUUCUAGCCCUUCCGUCUACUAUGUCCUCCAGAGGCAAAGGUGAGGGGUGUCUGGUGUGUGGGGGUGACCUGCACGGUAACCAACGGCGAUGGCUCUUUGGGCGACAGAACAAGAAAGAUGGUCAGCCUCAGACCCCAUCAGACUCACCGGGUAGAGGAAGUCUCUCCAGGUCUUCUCAAAGCAGCCCCUGGGGUAGCACCAUGUCCCUUGGCUCCACAACGUCUCUCUCCUCACUGUCCUCACCCGCUAAAGCAAUGGACCUACUCUCUGUGCUGACACACAUACUAGGCCAGCCAGUACCACGGGGCAGUGGGCGGGGGGAGUUCUUGUGUGGCAAAUGCGUUUCAGUUCUAGAGCGGGUUUUCAAGUUUGACUCUGUCAUUUCCAGAGUGAGGGUCUUAUCCUCUGAGAGGAUUCAGAAGUUGACCCAGGAGAGGGACAAGGUCAGGCAGUGGGUACGUAGCGCUUACCGCCAGCGACACCCUCAGGAUUUCAGGAUGAGGAGCAGCACUAGUGAGGGGGAUGGUGAGGGAAUGGGAGACAGAGAGGGUUACAAUGAAAUGUUGAAGGAGAACAUGGCCUUGUCAGAGUAUGAGUGCUGGUCUGAGAAAUGGGACGCAUGUCCAUACUUCAGGAGAACGGGGAAAAGAUGCACAAAGGGGAAAAAUUGUGAAGGAUGUGAUUCUCUGAGGGUGUCCGAUUCCGCCUAUGAGUCAGUUUGUGGGGUUCCCCGCCGCCUACCCUUCCAACCCUUUCCCCCCUUGGCCCUAUCGAGGAACAAGUCGCAGAGCAUGCCUCUUCAUUGGUCAAGAGUGCCGUCGCUAAGCUCUAGCCCAGCGUCAUUGGCUGGAUCCACUCUCUCCUUACGAGCGUCCUCUCGCACUGAGUCCAUCCAAUCACUGGAUUCACUGGAUUGCCGUGAUCCAUUUGACUUUCCAGGUGAUUUGUCACUCCUGGUCCUCAGAGAGUUGAAAGGUAUUGAAGGAAAGCCUGUCAAUUCACCUUCGGGGAGUAAGAUUCCCGUUUUGGGAAAGAGGGAAGGGCGAUAUUCAGGAGAGGUAGGUGAGACAUCCCCCCCUGAGGUAACAAGGGUGCUGAAUUUUGGAGAGCGGGAGAAUGGAGGAGAGGAAGUUGCUGGAGAGUCCAAUGACGUUUUGACUGAAUUGAGGGACGAGUUUAUUCCACUACACAGAGAGAGCAAUACAGGUCGAGUGCACCUUGCAGUCAGACAGUUGAGAGGACAGCUUGAUCAAGCUAUGGCACGCAUCAAGACCCUUGAAACUGAGCUUAAACACGGGACCAAAACCAAACCAGAUACCAAUGUCUGUGGACCAAAGGAUUGGAUUAAGUUGCCGCAGAAGGACGGUGGAAACUUGCUUCUGCAGAGUUUGGGGCAUUCGCUGCACAGCAGAGACCGAGUUAUCCAGGACUGCAUGUGUCUGAUCAGGAAGAUGUGUGUUGAGGUGGGGACAGAUGCGGCUGACAGACUGACACAAGCACUCACUGACAAUCUGAAACAAACUCUCUCCGACAAUAAGCAAGCCCUUGAGGCUCUGCGCUCAGAGAUGAGUGAGAAGGAGAAGAGGAUGGAGAGCGAGCAGGAGGCACUGCAGAAGGCUGGGAGAGACCGGGAGAAAGACCUCUCCACACUCAACACUGUACUCCAAUGUAACCAGUACAUCAUCAAUGAACUGAGGGUGGAGCUGGUUGAGAAGGAGCGAGUGCAGCGGGAGGUGCAGAAGGAGAAGGAAGUGUGGAGACAGCGGGACCUGGCCCUCAAAGCAGUCCUACAGGAGAAAGAGUCACUUCUCCUCUGCCUGAAGGAGGCGCUAGAGAGCUCUCAGAAAGACAUGCAGGCACUUUCGGACUCUGUGAUUAGCCAAGGGGUGUCAGGAGGUGGGGCAGUGGGGGCUCUGGCCUCUCAGCUGGAGGAGAAGGAGAGCCUGGUGAUAGCCUGGCUUCAGGACAGAGAGGAGCACAGCGCCACCAUGUGCCGGGAGGUCUCCAAACUCACCACCGCCCUUCAGGACUAUCAGGGCAUAGUGCAGGAGCAACAGCAAAAUCAUAGUCAGACGGUGUCAUCGCUGUCAAAGCAACUCAGCGACACACUCAACGACCUGAGGGAGAGCGGGAAGGGGAACAAGGAGGCACAGCGAGCCUGGCGGAGCGAAAAGGAGGACAAAGAGCGGGAGGAGAGGAAAUUGAGGGAGAGCCUGGAGAAGAGAGACAAACUCAUUGAGCAAGUUCUCCUGGAUUCCGAGGAACGGGAUCAUCUACUCAAAGAACUUCAACAGAACCUGCUGAACAAAUUUGAACCCGUGAUUGCUGUCAAACACACAUUAUGAAAAAUACAAAGAUAGUGAGAGAGCAAAACAUGUGGAACCAUGAAGGUACAAUGCACAUUUUGUAUAGAUGAGUUGCAUGAACCAGCACUUUCUUGCACCACAUGUAGUUUACUACUAACUACAAUUAUAUGUAGGCCUAUUGAAAAGGUUGUGUUUUGCACAUUUGCAGUAGUUGAUCUUCCCUUGGCAGGCAAGCCUUGGUUUUUGUGUUAAAACAAUUUAUGUCCUUUACAAAACUGGAUAUUUGUCAAUAAUGAUAAUGUUAUUGCUCCAUUUUGGCAUCAUUCUUAUUUGUGUAUUCAUAUUCACUGAUUUAAUUGAUGAAUUAUGCUAGUAAUGUGUCAUGAGAUUUGUUAAUGUGUCCUUCAGGGCAUAGUGUAGUGCAACCUAAUUGAUAAAUGCUAUUAGAAGGGGGAUUAUUAUUGUGUUGAAUUUGGACCGCUUGAAGUUGCAGUUUUCCAAAAGCUUUAUUUAUUGGUCUCAUACUGUAAGUUCUGUAUUAUUAUUUUUUCUGAAUGUGCCAUUUUGGUUAUUUUAUUCAUUCUGCCAUUUUCUUUACACAUUAGCUUACAUCAUACUGCUUGGUAUUUUGAUUGUCAUGAAAGGGUUCAUAUUUUUGACCCCAAAAUAUUUAUUUUGACUUUUUGGGGGGUUUAAUUUUACUACAGAAUGGUUUGAUACAUUUAUUUUUGGAAAAGGUUUCUAAUUUUAUGUCUGUCUUGUUUUUAUGUUCUGUCUUUUAAUGUUCUGUUUCCUUUUUUUCAUUUUGUAUUGACCUACAGUCUGUCUUUUGGGGUUUUGCUACCAUGUUUUCAUUUUAAGUCUUUGUGAGAUUGAGAAAUAAACCUAACUUUUUGAUCAAAAUGA